AGUUUUCAAUGAAACUUUCAUAAAAGUAUGUAAGUACUUAAGAUGGAAUAGAUCGAGAUAAAAAGUAGUGGAAACAAGUUCAGGAUCCAGUAGAUUCAAACCGAUAAUAGUCCCCGCGUCGACCCACCGGGUUUGGAGUUCCCUGUGACCGAGUACCGGCGAAAUCUACCCCUUUAGGGGAGCAGACCACAAACCGAUGGUCUCUGCGGGCAAGCAUCACAUGUCCGCCACGGUAGACGCGGAGCAUGGGCACCGACGCAAUAUAGCCCUGGGGGGUGCGGAGAAUCUUGCGAUGACAUCGGUGCCAUUUACCUGCAACAUGCGGGUCCCGUCUGCUACGAAGCCGGAGGCGGGCGCGUGGCGCCCGGCCCUUACCGUCACGGGAGCACAGCAGCAACAUUCCAUCCUCUGCACGCACGGUCACAGAAGUCGACCAGGGCGGACACGACACACACGGCGGCGGGGUUUCCGUACCAGGCGCGCCACCCGAGGAUGCCGCGCGGGCUGCACCCCCGUGCGGCAGUUUGAGGUUUUGAGGAAGGCACAUGUCGUAUACUGUGGGUGGCAGGCAAGAGUAGCAAUUAAUGUAGUAGCGGCAUAUAUAGAAGAUAUUCAUAAUUAUGAUAAGAAUAAGCUAAACCUCCGCGGUGUUCAGACCAAGCUUAAACUUUCGACAGUUAGAAUUUACCAGUUCCGCCUGUUGCGCCAGGCGAUAACUAUCAUAGUUAUUAACACACCGUAA